AUGCCCCCUUCAAAGGACAAAUACACCCACCCGAGGCUCCGAGAUGAGGUCAAGGAAGAUAUCCAGCAAUCAGACAAGGGUGGCCCCCCCGGACAGUGGUCUGCUCGCAGAAUGAUGGCUAAAGAGUACAAAAACCGAGGAGGUGGUUACAAGACGGACAAAAAUGACCAAGACGAGUCUCAGAAGCAUUUGAGUAAAUGGACAGAUGAGCAGUGGUAG